AACCGAAACAGGAAGUGGGCUAGGAUCCCUCGAAACCGGCAACAACCGGCACCCUCCGCACGCCCGAACGACCCGCGACCCACGACUCGCGGGUACCCGGCCCCUGUCCCGCGUGUUAUCUGCCCCUCCCCUCCUCCCACCCCGUGAACUCGAGAGAUCAUGUCGAACAUGGAGAAACACUUAUUUAACUUGAAGUUUGCUGCAAAAGAACUUAAUAGAAAUGCCAAGAAGUGUGAUAAAGAAGAAAAAGCUGAAAAGGCCAAGAUAAAAAAGGCCAUUCAGAAGGGCAAUACAGAAGUUGCAAGAAUACAUGCUGAAAAUGCAAUCCGUCAGAAAAACCAAGCAAUCAAUUUCUUGAGAAUGAGUGCUAGGGUUGAUGCUGUGGCAGCCAGAGUUCAAACUGCAGUAACAAUGGGCAAGGUGACAAAAUCCAUGGCAGGUGUAGUUAAAUCGAUGGAUGCUACAUUGAGGAGUAUGAACCUUGAGAAGAUUUCUGCCUUAAUGGACAAAUUUGAACAUCAAUUUGAAACAUUGGAUGUUCAGACACAGCAGAUGGAAGAUACAAUGAGUAGCACUACUACCCUCACCACACCACAGAACCAAGUGGAUAUGCUGCUUCAGGAAAUGGCAGAUGAAGCUGGCCUUGAUCUCAAUAUGGAGCUACCACAGGGUCAGACAGGGUCCGUUGGUGCAAGUGUUGCUUCUACAGAGCAGGAUGAACUGUCACAGAGGCUUGCUCGUCUUCGUGAUCAAGUGUAACUUAAAUAACUGGUGCUUCUGCUUCCUCCACGGAUUUCUCAAACAUCAUUUGUGUGUGUAUAUAUAGAUAAGUUGUAUUCUAGUUUCAAAAGCAUCAUACAUGACAAAAUGUUUGGAUAACAUAUGUGAUGCUUUCUUUCGCCUUGUGUAUUUCACAGUGCAUUGAGAAAUUCCAAGGAAUUUCCGUAUUGGCAGAUUUUAUAGUUCUAUAUAUUAUGCGUAAAAGUGUGAGGGACAUAUUUUUGUAGAUGUCUUUGGCAAAGGUAGCAUUAGUUUUCUGUAUAUUAUACAUCUUCCUCAAAUAUUAGAGCAAACAUCUAGCACCAAAGUACCGCUAAGUAAAGUAAUUUUGUCAGAAUAAUAUAUAGAAUAAAGGCUUUGUUUUUACUUAUUGAAAGUAACUUUCAAUUAUUGUCUGUGAUGAAAUUUGAUUUUGUAAAAAUAAAAACAGGGAAAUCAUGUUCAUUUAAUAUGUUUACCA